AUGACCAAUACUCGCAUCCCUUGGCUUGCGUGCCUUGACCGGCGUGACAUGAGAGUUUUUGGUGUUCACAGGAGAGACCCUUCCCCUCCUCCUUGCCCUGGGGUCAGGGCUCGCCUGCUGGAAGAGCGGUUAUCCACCCAGGAGAGGACUACGGCUUUCCUCCUCCAUCAGGCUUUCCGAAUCAAAGACGACGUCCUCUCCUGCCUCCAGGGAAGCAAAGGUUUUCAGCACGGAGCAACUGCUGCCCAGCAGCUGCUGGAAAACCACAUCCAGACCGUUACGAGCAUCGUUAAAAAGCUCAGCCAGGACAUUGAGGUUUUGGAGAGGCAAAUAAGAACAAGGGAUGGUGCCGCGGUAGAAACUAAUUUUGCUGUUCAAAGUCUGGACCAUAAAUACAUCCAGGGUCUCGGAGACCUGCGUGGAAGAGUGGCAAGGUGCGAGGCAAGCAUUGCAAAGCUGUCGGGAGACAUCAGUAUGAUCACGCGUGAGGCCCAGAAGACCAAUAAAGAAAUUUAUGGCCUUCACUCUGCCCUCAAAAAUUGUGUUGGUGAUUUUGAGAAGAAGGUAAUGCAGCUAUUAGGCAAGAUAGAGACUUCCAACUCUGAUCACAGCUCGAAUUUAAAGACUGUCCAGGGAGAUCAACAACACGAAUUGCAACUUCUGGAUUUCAAGUUGACAAGUGCUCUAAGUGACUUCAGGAAUCAGAUGCAGACCCAUCAGAAGUGGACAGAAGCGCAGUUGACACGGUCUGAAGAAGAUCAAGCCCAGCACAGGCAUCAGCUGCUUAACGUGGUGAAGGAGAGACUGGAAAGAGCAGAAAAAAGAGUAGAAGAAAAGAUCUUACUUCUGUCGCUAAAGCUAGAACAAAUGGAUAAACCACAGAAACAGGAAAAGCAGUUGAACCAGAUGAAAAGAGAUGAAAAAAAGCUGCAUGCAAGAAUCACCAGAUUUGAAAGACAGAUCUGGAAGGAGCUUGAGGAAAUCCAAAACGAAUACAGAUCAGGAUUUCAAUCUGUUCAUGAGUCUCUGGAGCUGCUCAAACAAAUACAGAACACCAAGCUGAAACUUGAAGCAAAGAAAAUUCAGAGAGACAUGAAAAAGAUACAAUGA